AUGCAGCCGCCGGGCGACGAGGACCGCGCGCGCCGCCGCCGCCGCCGCCGGAGGGACCUUCUGCUGAGCCAGCUCUGCUUCCUGGCCUCGGUGGCGCUGCUGCUCUGGUCGCUGUCGAGCCUGCGAGAGCAGAAGGAGCUUGACCUCAUGGACCUCAUAGGGGAAGACAGAGAGUGGAUGCUUGGGAGGAAGUUAAUGCAGGUGAAUGACACUUUGACUUCCGAAGAUGGAGGACUCCGAAGCAGCAAGAACUGCACUGAGCCAGCCCUGCACGAGUUCCCCAGGGACAUCUUCAGUAACGAGGACAGAAGACAAGGGGCAGUGGUCCUCCAUGUGCUCUGUGCCAUGUACAUGUUCUACGCACUGGCCAUUGUGUGUGAUGACUUCUUCGUGCCCUCUUUGGAGAAGAUCUGUGAGCGCCUGCACCUCAGUGAAGAUGUGGCUGGGGCCACGUUCAUGGCGGCCGGCAGCUCGGCGCCAGAGCUCUUCACGUCUGUCAUAGGGGUCUUCAUCACAAAGGGCGACGUGGGCGUCGGGACCAUCGUGGGCUCAGCCGUGUUCAACAUCCUCUGCAUCAUUGGUGUCUGUGGACUCUUCGCAGGGCAGGUUGUGGCUCUUUCCUCCUGGUGCCUGCUGAGGGAUUCGAUUUACUACACGCUAUCUGUGGUUGCACUGAUCGUGUUCAUUUAUGAUGAAAAAGUUUCCUGGUGGGAGUCUUUAGUCCUUGUCCUGAUGUAUCUUAUUUACAUUGUCAUCAUGAAGUAUAAUGCUUGCAUACAUCAGUGCUUCGAAAGGAGGACAAAAGGUGCUGGGAACAUGGUCAACGGGUUGGCCAACAAUGCUGAAAUUGACGACAGCAGCAAUUGCGACGCAACUGUGGUGCUACUAAAGAAAGCCAAUUUCCACCGCAAAGCGUCAGUGAUCAUGGUGGAUGAGCUGCUGUCAGCAUACCCACACCAGCUCUCUUUCUCUGAGGCUGGCCUUCGAAUCAUGAUCACAAGCCACUUUCCACCCAAGACCCGGCUCUCCAUGGCCAGCCGCAUGUUGAUCAACGAGAGACAAAGACUGAUAAACAGCAGGACUUAUGCCAAUGGAGAGUCUGAGGUGGCCAUCAAAAUCCCCAUCAAGCACACUGUGGAGAAUGGGACAGGGCCCAGUAGUGCCCAAGACAGGAGUGUGAACGGGACCCGCAGGGACGAUGUCAUAGCCGAGGCUGGACAUGAGUCAGAGAAUGAGAACGAGGACAAUGAGAACAACGAGAAUGAUGAGGAGGAAGAGGAAGAUGAGGAUGAUGACGAAGGGCCAUACACACCAUUCGACCCCCCCUCUGGUAAACUGGAAACAGUGAAAUGGGCAUUCACCUGGCCCCUGAGUUUUGUCUUAUACUUCACUGUCCCCAACUGCAACAAGCCCCGCUGGGAGAAAUGGUUUAUGGUGACCUUCGCUUCCUCCACGCUGUGGAUCGCAGCCUUCUCCUACAUGAUGGUGUGGAUGGUCACUGUCAUCGGCUUCACUCUGGGGAUUCCCGAUGUCAUCAUGGGGAUCACCUUCCUGGCCGCAGGGACCAGCGUGCCUGACUGCAUGGCCAGCCUCAUUGUGGCCAGACAAGGCAUGGGAGACAUGGCCGUGUCUAACUCCAUUGGGAGCAACGUGUUCGACAUCCUAAUCGGCCUGGGGCUCCCCUGGGCUCUGCAGACGCUGGCAGUGGAUUACGGAUCCUACAUUCACCUGAAUAGCAGGGGACUGAUCUACUCUGUGGGCUUGCUCCUGGCCUCUGUUUUUUUCACGGUAUUUGGUGUCCACUUGAACAAGUGGCAGCUGGACAGGAAGCUCGGUUGUGUGUGUCUUUUCCUAUAUGGCGUGUUCCUGUGCUUCUCCAUCAUGACGGAGUUCAACGUGUUCACCUUUGUGAACUUGCCCAUGUGCGGGGACCACUGA